CAGAAGCUCCUACAGAGACCGACAAAGAAAGUUCUACUUCUUUAUUCCUUUUUUAUUUGUAUACGUCUUUUUUUUUAAAUCUUGAAAGUGGCUUCAGGAUAUUUAAGGAGAAAGAGAGCAGCAUGGGGUCUGAGGAUUCAUACAAUUUUGUCUUUAAAGUGGUUUUAAUCGGGGAGUCCGGUGUGGGUAAGAGCAACCUCCUGUCCCGCUUCACCAAAAACGAAUUUAGACAUGACAGCCGCACCACCAUCGGCGUGGAGUUCAGCACCAGGACAGUCCAGCUGGAGAACUUCAUCAUCAAGGCCCAGAUCUGGGACACAGCAGGACUGGAGCGCUACAGGGCAAUAACCUCAGCGUAUUACAGAGGAGCAGUUGGGGCUCUUCUGGUCUACGACAUAAGCAAACACCUGACCUAUGAGAGCGCCGAGCGCUGGCUGAAGGAGCUGUACGACCACGCAGACCCCCACAUUGUGGUGAUGCUGGUGGGGAACAAGUCUGACCUGGAGAGCCAGCGGACCGUCCCGGUGGAGGAAGCCCAGGACUUUGCAGAUAAAAAAGGUCUCAUGUUCAUGGAAACUUCAGCGCUGGACUCGACGAAUGUGGAAAGCGCCUUCCAUGAAGUUCUCACAGCAAUUCAUAAAAAAGUGGCCAGCAGAGAGGUGACCCGCGGCUCCAUCAGCGCCGUGACCCUGUCCGGCCCCAUCGGACUCAACGAAGAACAGCAGGAGCGCAAAGGCUGCUGCAGCAGCUCCUAACACGUCCACAUUCUGUUUGGUUCAAUCAGACAAAGGUUUAGACUUCAUCAAACAUCCCAUUUGUACAGUUUACUAUCAAAAACCAUACUUUAUAUCUGGAUUUUUUAUUUUAUUAAAUGUUACUAAUAGGGGGCUGCA